CUCAGCAGACUUGUCAAACAUGUAUCUUUUGAUAUUGAAAAAAAUGAAAUUCACUCAAAUGAUCAUUAGCCUUACAUUCGUUGUUUUAGCCGAUUGUCAUUCGUCUAAAGCCAAGGUCUUAUUUAUCCCACUGUCUGAGCUUGCGAAGAGAGGUGAACAAUUCUUAGAACCAAUUGACAAGGUGAACAUCUAUGGGAAUGAGGAUGCCAAGCCCAUAUCAGUUCACUGUACAGAAUCGACAAUGGACAUAAAGAUUAAAGCAGACCUCUUUGACACUGGUGUGCCCGUUGAUGUGGAACGCUUUGCUCUUUUGGGGAAGAUGCCUGUUGACAAAACAUGCAAGGCCUUUGCUUCUGAGGACGGAUAUUACAAGAUCGUCGCCCCGCUGACUGAAUGUGGCACUAGAUUACUGGUCACAGAAGAUGCUUUGGUCUACAGUAACAUUCUCGUGCAUUUCCCAUUACCUCCUCCUGAGACUCCGUGGAGGACCGCGCCUACAACUGUUUCUGUCACGUGCUAUUACCGCAGGAGAUACAGUGCUAGCAGUAAUAUAUUGAGACCCACGUGGGCACCUCUCUCAUUCACACAAGCCAUGGAUGACUCCUUGGAGUUCUCUCUGAAGAUCAUGACUGAUGACUGGCUCCAUGAGAGGACCUCAGGAAUCUUCUAUUUGGACGAUGUCAUAAACGUAGAGGCAGCCGUUGAUGUGACCAAUCAUGCGCCACUCCGGCUUUAUGUAAACGCCUGUGUGGCCACCCUCCAGCCCGAUGUCAACUCUGUUCCCAAGUACACCUUCAUAGAAAACCAGGGGUGUCUGACUGACGCCCUGCAGACUGGCUCCAGUUCCCGAUUCCUACCGCGCAAGCGUCCCGACCGACUGCACUUCCAGCUGGACUCUUUCGUGUUCUUCCAAAGGGAUCCCCAUCCGCUGUUUAUCACCUGUUACCUGGAGGCUGUUCCCACUGAACAGUGGGCCCCCAUGGACCUCGAGAAGAAGGCUUGUUCCUUUAUUGAUGGCCAAUGGCGCUCUGCUGAGGGCUCUGAUGAUGUGUGUGGCAGCUGUGGUCAGGCCGAGAUGCCUGGCGAAGGAGAGGGCAAGAUGAAACAGGGGGAGGAAAACCCAUACCCAGGGGGACUGGAGGAAAAGGCUGCUCUAGGACCAUUUCUUGUGCUCUCCAACAGUGACGUCAAGCAGUAUCCAAUAAAAUCAGUCUAA